GUGGACGGGGCUCCUCGCACGGACCUGAGUUUUUAUGACCCAGGAGGUUGAAUUUUGAUUUCUUUCUUACAAUUCUGCUGCAAAGAGAGCGUGUUUUUGUCCAUCUUCAAACUACAGCUCCAGAGACGCAACAUGGCGGCCAAGAAGAACGCGAAGACAGCGAAAGCCAAAGACGGCGCCAAACCAGCGGUGGCCAAUAGGAAUGGAAAGAAGGCGGAGUCUAGCUCUGGGGGCGGGAGCUUCUUCACCUGGUUCAUCGUGCUGGCUCUGCUCGGCGUCUGGACCUCCGUGGCCGUGGUCUACUUCGACCUGGUGGACUAUCAGGGGGUCCUGGACAAGGCUAAGGGCAUUCAAAUUAACCUGUCUGAGGCCUUGCAAGGUAAACUGGUGGCCUACGACACAGACGGAGAUGGUGACUUUGACGUGGAAGAUGCCAAAAUCCUCCUAGGUCUGAAGGAGAAGGCUGUGGUGGUCCAGGCUCGUGAGGAGGCGGCUGCUCCUGUGGAGGCUGCACCCGUGGAAUCUGCUCAAGAAGCUGUGAUCGAGCCUGACCCUGUGCCCGUGGAGGAGGUGAUCGAGGCGGCUGUGGCAGAGGACACUGCUGCCCCUCCAGAGCCGGAGCCUGAAGCAGCAGAGCCUGAGCCCGAGGUGGCCGAGCCCGAGCCUGAGCCUGAACCAGAGCCUGAGCCAGAGCCCGAGGAGGUGAUCGAGGAGGAGCCAGAGAUCCUGGAGGAGGAGCUUCCAGUCGCUGAGGAGGAGCCAGCUGAGGAGGAGCUAGCUGAGGAGGAGCCAGCUGAGGAGGAGCCAGCUGAGGAGGAGCCAGCUGAGGAGGAGCCAGCUGAGGAGGAGCCAGCUGAGGAGGCUGCUCCAGUAGAGGAGGAGCUGGCAGCAGAGGAGCCUGCAGUUGAGGAGGCUGCAGAACCAGAGCCAGUUGUGGACGAGAUCGCGGAGGAGCUGACCCGACAGAUGGAGGAAGCCCUGGCGGAGGCUGCUGGUACUGUGGACGUUGAGGAGGAGGCGCCACCAGCAGAAGAGGAACCUGUGGAGGAAGCCCCAGCGGUUGAAGAGGAGAUAGCAGAGGAGGAGGUCCCAGCUGUAGAAGAGGCUGUCGAAGUAGAGGAGGAAGCAGUAGAGGAGGAGGCCCCAGCUGAAGAAGAACCUGCUGAGGAGGAGGCCCCUGAAGCUGAGGAACUUGCCGAGGAACCUGUCGAGGAAGCAGCGGAGGAGCCAGCAGUUGAAGAGGAGGCUCUUUCAGAAGAUGUAGCAGAAGAUGAAGCUCCAGCCGAGGAGGAGCCCGCAGUGGAGGAGGAGGCCGAAGAAACAGCACCAGAAGAAACAGUAGAAGAAGCAGUAGAAGAAGCAGUAGAAGAAGCAGUAGAAGAAGCAGUAGAAGAAGUAUUAGAGGAGGUACAACAGGAAGAACAGGCUCCAUCAGAAGAAGCAGUGGAGGAGGAGGAGGCCACAGAGGAGGCAGCCACAGAAGCUGAGUUCAGUGAGACACAGGAACAGAGCGAGGAUGAGCCUACAGAAACGUAGAAGCUGCAGCGGUUGCCGUGGUGAUGAAGCAGGGAGCCUCACUGAGCGCGCUCAGAAACCCGGCGCAUGUCUCCACCUGAGGACUGACACUGGCGUCAUACCCCCCUCUCCAUCACCCCCACCCCCCCCCUCUGUGCGAAUGAACGAGUGAGCGGAUGAAUGGAUGAAAUACACCUUUGUAAACCAGUGUUUCUGAAGUAGGCAUUCUUGUUUUCUUAAAGGUCCUGUAUUACUCAAAAGUGACUCUUGUGAGCUUUAAGUUGUGUUAUAAUAUUGUUUGUUACCUCAUCAAAAACAGACCCAGAGUUGUGAUUUGUUUUAUUUACACAUUUUUGAGAAACAACAUUAUAACAUAGAUAAGAAAAUAGCGUAAUAUGGGCCCUUUAAACUUCUAUAACCACUAAAUCCGCCAUAUCCUUACAUGUAAACACAGCAGACUGCAUAAAAAUUCAAAUCAAUAUUUCAGAAACACUGCUUUUAUUUCCAUUUUGUAGCCUUAGAUCACUUGACAAAACCAUGUGACUAAACAUUUGCCACUUUAUGAUAAAUAUGAAAUUUCGUUGCCAAGAAAUUCGAGACCAAAGUGCUGCUCGGUUCAAAAUUUGAGCAGAAUUUAUUCGAAUGUUUGCAAAAAAAAAAACCCGAUCGGCCAUUUCAAAUCUAUUGUGAUUUUGUAGCCUCUAUGCAAAACUCUUUACCACUCGGUGUGUGACGUGUGAAUUAGUCUGCGUGCGUUUUUGAAUGUCCCUUGUUUAGCGUGGACGAAUCCCUUCCAUCUGUGAUACUCCUCCGUUUUAACAACCUCUCUUUUUAGUUUUUUAUUUUAAUUUUGACUUUUAACGAUUUAACUAAUGCUGUCGAUUCUUACAACAAUGGACUGUGAAUUUAAAUACGACGAAACAAGGCAAUUUUUCAGAUUACGGAUUUUUUUAGGAGCAGAUUUUUUAGACAAUAGGCCUGUGCCGCUUUUACACCAAAAAUAAAUCCGUAGGCACCAUUCCAAAUUUUAGUUUUGCCUCUUUGAAGACGCUAUGACGAAUGUUUUUGCGCUCACGUCAUGUAUUCAGCAAUAUGAAUGAUGUCUGCAGUGCUGCGUCAUGUUUUAUUUUUUUGUUGUUUAAAAUUUACCAAGAGUAGCAACAUGGUGUCUUCUUGGUAAAUUUUGAACAAUAAUUAUGUUUUUUUUUUUGUGGUGUCCUGUCUCAGCUAAUAGGCUAAUUUCACAGCCUUGUUUUAGGUAUUUUUUGGAGUUUUUUGCUUGGUCCCUCUAUGUGUAAUAUCUUCUGGAUUAAUUAAUGUUUGAUUAUUCACGUAGCGGGUGGUGUAUGCCCUCAGACCUUUCUGAAUAAAAGACAGAGCAGGCGUUUUUAUCUUAUUUUGAAGGAGCAGGUUGUAAACAUUCCUGACAUUUUGAUCAUGUAUAAAUCAAAAAUACAACUUGACUGUUGCUUAGGAACCGCUGCACAAACUUUGAAAUAGGCUGAAGACUUUCUUCUGUGUUGUGUAGUGUCUCGUGUUAGUGGCCAUGUUUCCAUUUCAGGAAUUUCAAGGAAACGUCGGAAUGUAUUUGCAGUUCUUGUUCUGAAAGUGAAAUCAGAUUCAUUUUUCCCAUUUUCUUUUUGAGAAUUUUGAGAGUAAAAUGCCACAAUUUUAUUCAAAGUAUAUUUUUUCUAUUUUUAAAUCUUUGCAAUCUGAACAAUGUAUGUUUAAUUUUGUCAUUUAUACUGUUUCAGAUGUAUAGAAAAAAAUGAAUAAAAUGUAGUUUUGUGGUUUCUGAGUUAUCCAAACGCUCAACAGUCUCACCCACUCACAAAAGUUUAUUUGGUCGUAUACGUUUCACAACUCAUCAAAGGUGCAGAACUGAAGAAGCAGAUUGGAUGAGCUGUGAAACGUCAACAAAUUAAAUUUCUCCGUUGGCAUUUAAUUAUAAGAGUUCAAAAACAUUGGUGGCAAACCAGCUACAUGCUAACUAAUAUCCAUAAUACUGUUGUUUUAAGUCCAUGAAGCACAUUUUAAAACACAAGAUUCAAUAAAAUGCUUAAUAACUUAGCAUUUUAUAAAGUUUUACGUAAAAUUAUAGGUCAUUAGUUGCCACGUAGCUGAUUAGACCUGAGCAAGAUUUAAAAUUUUAGUAUUAUUUUAUUUCUAUGGGAAAAAUGAAUGGUAAAUUUACCGGGGUGAGCGGUUUCUGUUGAGUUACUCUAAAUAUUUUUCAGAAAGUCUAUGGAAAAAACACAUUUGAUAAUAUUGUGAAUGAUUUGACUUCCAGAACAAGUAUUGCUUUGACAUUAUUAUCCAGUCAGAAUACGCAAUGGAUCAAUAAGUCUAUAAUGAUUUAGUUUUGGGCCUGGUGGAGACAUGGCUUCCAAACCUACCAGCUUGUUUGAUGACACAUUCCAGUUUCGUAGGACGUUGUAUUAUCUUCUGUUUUUCUACUCUUCAGCUCUUUGUACGUCAGUGUGUGAACUGUACCACCUUUUUAACUCUGGACACCUUUACCGAGAGAGAACUUCUAGAUUUUUAAACGUUUUUAAAAAAGGACUUGUGGGGGAGGGACUGGGAACACGCAGGAAUUUUUUUUGAUUUUUACAAAGCCAUAAGCUGUGUGAUGGACAGCUGUGGAAUUUCAAUCGUGACAUGAGGAACAAAAAGGCUAUGACGGAGAUGUUGGUUUUUUUCCGGGUUAAUUGUGCCCUGAUUUUGUCUGUCAGGCUCGUCUCCGUCACAGCCCUGUUCUGCAGAGGGUGGCAGACUAAACCGUGGGAGUAAAUUAUUUGAAGUGACGAUGACAAUGAUGGCUUGUAAAGUGCAGUUUGUUGUGAAGCUGCCAAUAAAGUUUGGGACAAAAUAA